AUGGCUCAAAAAACCGCAUUCAACACAUUCAAAAAUAUUAUUUCGGAACUGAAAAAAGUUGAUAAGGUAUGUUGAUAUUGAUGAAAUCUAAAUAGAGAGAAAAACCAGAAUUUUUCAGACAUUUUCGCCGAAAUCUCAACAAUAUCAAUAUUUGAUGGAACAAAUGCGAGCGGAUCAAGUGACAACUCAAAGAUAUUCAAAAGCUGCAAAUGAAUCGGAAAGUGUUGCUAAAUUAUAUUUGAGCUAUGUUCAGAGGUAAGACAAUUUUUGAAAAAUAUUUUGUUUUGAAAAAAAAAGAGAUUUUUCAAUUCUAAAUACUGUAUUAAAAUUAUAGAAUUGUCUUCUUUAAAUUAUUUAAAGUGACCAUAUUUUUGAAUCCAAAUUUUGCAGCACUCGCCGACUCAAUGUUCUUCAAGAACGAUAUGCUGGAAAUGAGAAAACAGUGGAAGAAAGUGCACGACUUGUUGGAUUAAAACUUCCAGAGAGAAAAUAUUAG